AUGGCAGAUGAGAAAGACCAUGUUAUGGAAGAUGCUAGGGAUGUGGCCAGAGAUCUGCAAGGAAGAGGUCUCACUCCCGUGGCUCCAGACUCCCUUCCCCCAGGGAGUGGAGGGGUGGUGGCUUGCUUACAGGCCUGGAAGCAGAGAGGGCCAGAAGGCACACCCAGUCCUAAAACAUGCCUGAAACUUCCUCUAAUGACACCACUCGGGCGUUUAGGAAUCAGAAGGCAGAAUCUGAGUUCACCUCGAGGAAACAAAGACCACAAACUCUCAGAGCCGAAGGCUGGGCCGGGGGUAUGGCUCUUCCCCUCCGACCAACUCGGAGGUUCCCGGGCUGAGGGAGGGGGCGCUGCCAGAGGACCCGGGAAAGUCACGUUCGCUCCGGGAAGAGGCAACAGGCGAGGCCCGGGCACCCCUCGCUCCGCCCCGUCUCACCUGCCAGAGGGGCCCGACUGCGGCCCGGACGCGCGCGGACCCUGCCGCCCGCCCACCCGCCUCGGGUCCCGGCGGCUCCGCACCUACCCGGCUCCGCGGUGCUGCCUCCCCGCGCGGCGGGCGCGGAGCCGAGCGCACUCGCGCUUCCUCCUUCCCGGCAGGGCCGCCGGGCGCUGGCGCUUCCUCCCUGACGCGUCACGGCGGCCGGCUCCUCCCGCAGGGUGCGCGGGGUCGCCGGGGAGAGCUGGGCGGCCGGCCGUGCUCCGGGUUAGGCGCCCGCUCCCGGCUGCGGGGCGGCUGGCGCCGGGAAGGAGCCGCAGGCUGAGCGGUGCCCCCGCCGCGGAGACCCGCUGUCCUCGCGCUUCCCCGGGAACCCGCGCGAGAGCCCCGGCGCAGCGCGAGGUCCGGCCCCCGCCUCGCCGUGGGCGCAAAGUUCAGAGGACUCCGCGGGAUCCCGCCUAGAGGCUCAGACUCUUCGUUUGUGUCCUGCUGCUCAGCUUAUAGUGACCAAUUCCCCGGGGGCCCAAGAGCGGCGUGGGCCCUAGCGCCCGGGCUCGGCGGGGGAACUUGACCCUGGCGCGCAGGGAGCAGGACCGCCGGACGCCCGGAGGGACAAGAGCCACCCGGGAGUGGCCUGGUGGGCAUGUGAUGGGGUGUAAACUGGACACUCAGAGAGAUGAGAUGCCCAUUAUGAGACAUGG